GAAGCCUGGCUUGUGGGUUCACCUUCUGUCAUCCCCAGGCACUCUUAGCUGCUGACAGCUGCUUGGGACUCUGCCGCCCAGGGCCAGGCCAGUCUUGCAGCCUCUCCUCUCUCUCUCUCUCUCUCUCUCUCUCUCUCUCUCUCUCUCUCUCUCUCUCUCUCUCCCUCUCUGACUCCCGAGACACAGCCCCUCCAUGGCUCAGAAAGAAGAGGCCGCCGCAGCUGAAGCUCCAGCUUCCCAGAAUGGAGAGGACCUGGAGAACUUGGAAGACCCCGAGAAGCUGAAGGAGCUUAUUGACCUGCCGCCCUUUGAGAUCGUCACUGGGGAGCGGCUGCCGGUCAAUUUCUUUAAAUUUCAGUUCCGGAACGUCGAGUACAGUUCGGGGCGGAACAAGACGUUCCUGUGCUACGUGGUGGAGGCUCAGGAGAAGGGGGGCCAGGUGCAGGCGACCCGGGGCUACCUGGAGGACGAGCACGCCGGGGCGCACGCCGAGGAAGCCUUCUUCAACAGCAUCCUGCCCGCCUGCGACCCGGCCCGCAGGUACAGCGUCACCUGGUACGUGUCGUCCAGCCCCUGCGCCGCGUGCGCAGAGCGCAUCGCCAAGACCCUGGGCCGGACCAAGAACCUGCGGCUGCUCAUCCUGGUGGGCCGACUGUUCAUGUGGGAGGAGCCCGAGGUCCAGGCAGCGCUGAGGAUGAUGAAGGAGGCCGGCUGUAAGCUGCGCAUCAUGAAGCCCCAGGACUUCGAGUACGUCUGGCAGAACUUCGUGGAGCAAGAAGAGGGUGAACCCAAGACCUUCCAGCCCUGGGAUGACAUUCAGGAGAACUUCCUGUACUAUGAGGAGAAGCUGGCAGACAUCCUCAAGUAGGGCGACGGAGCUGGGCACACCCUCCCCCACCCCCACCCUCCCGUCUGCCUGCCACCACCGAGAGAAGCAGUGACACGUACACCACCCGGGACACGCCUUUCUCAUUCUACUUGGAGCUGAGCAACACCAAGCAAUCCUACUGGACAAGGUCCUGAGAGAACCCAAAUACCUUUCAAGCUGUAAUUAAUUUAGGGCUAUGCUUUCUCUCUGACACAGCUCUUGGGGAACAGUGAUUCCCAAGGAGAGAAAAGCAACCACAUAUGGUGUCCUGGGCAUAUGAGGCCUAAGCACCUUACUAUCUCCCCAAGGCAAAGGUCCUCAGACUCAAGGUGCAGACCUUGGAAGUACACCCAGACAUGCAUUUUAUGCUAAGCUGGGCUGUUUUGGUUUUAAAGAAAGAAAAACAGCAAUAUUAAUAAAAACAAACUGUGUGGUU